UCCCAUUCCUAGAUAAUAGAUGUUGAAUGAUUCUUGUCUCAUAUGUAACGGCUCUUUUUCCCUCGUAUUCCAAUUCUCAACAGCUUCUAGCCAUUUUGAAAUAUUUGGGUUUCGUGUCUCCUGGCUCUGGCUAGGGUUAAGGAUUUCCAAGAUGAAAAUCAGUCGCAAACCCAAGAAACCAGAUCCAUCUUCAAAGCUGGUUUUGGAAGAAAUCAUUGGCUUGACAACAAAGAACGCCAAUGGGUUGGCUUCCAGCAUCAAGAAUGGGAAUUGUGUUUACAUGGCUGGCUAUGUUGCGGUGGUUUACAAUGUGGAUUCUGGCACUCAGUCCCAUCUCAUGGUGUCUCAUCGAAUGCCAAAGCCUUUGAACUGUGUUGCUGUCUCGCAGGAUGGGCGUUUCAUUGCCGCUGGAGAGUCAGGGCACCAACCUGCAGUGCUAGUGUGGGACUGUAAGACUCUGGCUUUCAUAUCUGAACUGAAAUGUCAUCAAUAUGGGGUUGUAUGCAUUGCCUUUUCACCUGAUGGGAAACAUCUGGUGUCUGUUGGAUUUCCACAUGAUGGAUAUAUCUGCCUUUGGGACUGGCAAAGAGGGUUGUUGGUUGCAAAGCUUAAAUCAAGUUCGUCUUGUUCUGCCAUUGCAUCUGUUAGCUUCUCAUCAGAUGGAAAAUUAAUUAUAACAGCGGGAAAGAAGCACUUGAAGUUUUGGAUGGUUGGAUCUUCAACAAAGCUUCGCACAGAUACUGGCACUGGGUCAAUAGCAAUGCAUGGAAAACCUAUUAAUCUUGGUUAUCAUAAAGGAAGCUCUUUUACAUCGGUCUCAUCCCCCAUUUGGGCUUCUAGUAGUCUGGGUGGUAAAGAAGAGACUUGUGAAUUGUUUCCUAUCUAUGCACUAACCGAUGUAGGUGCUUUAUGCUUACUGGAUUCUGGUUUGUCAGUACGAAAGUCAGUGGAUUUAGAGGUUGAGAAAGGUUUUGCACUAUCUACGUCCGACAAGUUAAUUGCUUGUGCAUGCAGUAAUGGAAUUGUACAACUCUUUACCAUUGAAACUCUUGAAUAUGCUGGAAGUUUACAAUAUUCACAGUCCAAAAUAUGUGAAGAGGCAAAGAAUAAGAUUUGUCGUGCGGAAGUCUCAAAAACGAAUUGUCAACUUGGUCCUACACUUCCUGAUGCAAUUGCCUGUCAAUUCUCAACCUCAAGAAAGCUUGUGGUUGUUUAUGGAGAUCACAGUCUUUAUAUAUGGGACAUUCAUGACGUACACAAGGCUAGCAGGUGCUGUGUACUUGUCUCACAUAGUGCAUGCAUAUGGGAUAUCAAGAGUCUCUCUUGUGAAAACAUGCAUGAUCCGUCUCUUGCAUGUGUAGCUAGGGGUUGUUAUGGUGGAGUUUCUUUUGCAACAUGUUCUGCGGAUGGUAAUAUUAGGUUAUGGGAUCUUGCCUUGCAAUCUGAUAUUUCAGAGGAUACCACAUCCGAACUUGCCGUGGACCAUUGUUCUUUAAUUACUGAACCAGUGGGGACUGCACACUUAGUAAGUGCUGGGAUCCUUGAAAGUGAUAAUGUGGGUUCUGGUGUUGGCACACAAGGAUUUCGAUCUAUGGCAGUUAGCUCAGAUGGAAAGUACCUGGCUGCUGGUGACUGCCAGGGAAACCUGCACAUUUAUAAUCUACACACUUCUGAUUAUACCUGUUUCCAGGAUGCUCAUGAUGCAGAGAUUCUAUCAUUGAGCUUUAACUUGCCAAGCAGGAAGGAUUUUACUUCUCAUGAAAUUAAAAGCCAUUACUUCCUUGCAUCUGGGGGACGAGAUCGUUUAAUCCAUCUUUAUGAUGUUGAGAGGAAUUUUGAUCUUGUUGGAAGUGCUGAUGAUCAUUCAGCUUCUGUGACUUCUGUAAAACUCACUUCCAAUGGCAGUAAGAUUCUUAGUUGCAGUGCUGAUCGGUCUCUAGUGUUCCGUGAUGUGGCUGUAAUGGCUACUGGUUGUAAGAUCUCCCGUCGCCAUCAUCAAAUGGCAUCUCAUGGAACUGUGUAUGACAUGGCUGUUGAUCCAAAAUUGGAGGUUGCUAUUACAGUUGGACAGGAUAAGAAGAUAAACACAUUCAACAUUGCUUCUGGGAAACUUAUUAAAUCAUUAAAGCAAGAUGGAGAUUUGGGAGACCCAAUAAAGGUCACCAUUGACCCAAGUUGCACUUACCUUGUUUGUUCCUACUCCAACAAGUCCAUCUGCAUGUAUGACUUUAUCACGGGAGAGAUGGUUGCACAAGAAAUGGGGCAUAGUGAAGUUAUAACUGGUGUUAUUUUCUUACCUGACUGCAAGCACAUAAUUUCUGUAGGUGGUGAUAGCUGUAUUUUUGUUUGGAAAUUGCCGACCUCUUUGUCUUCAAGGAUGCUGCAGAGAAUCAAGGAAAGUUCUGAUCCUUUGUCUCCAGCAAGCAUGCUCCUGCCACUCUCAUCAAGUCGUCGGAUCUUGUCCCUUGAAGAGGAUUACCACCUAUGCGAAAUCAAUCCUGAAGAUAAAUCCUUGCCAACAGAUUUCAACAAAGUCAAUCGAAGUGUGCGUCAAGAAAAGAAUCAUCAAGAGACCUCAGCAUUUAAAUUUAGCAUUUCAAGACUUCCUAAGUGGGCACGAUCUAAAGUAACUAGUUCUGAGAAUGCCCAUGGAGAUGCUGUGGUCAUUUCAUCUGAGCAGAUGGAACUGAAAAAUUUCUCCCCCAUAGUCGGUAGUUGUGAUGGACAUGAUUUUGUGUACCCUGAAGUUCAAACUCCUCCUAAACAUGAUAUGGGAGAUAACAAGCAGUGCCUUGGUACCAUAUUCAGCAGUUCAUCUGAUACUGAUUGCAGCGGAAGUUCUUCAAUGCCUCCAGAAAUCCAUAGAAAUUUUGCUAUGGACAAUCGUUGGCUCACCAUUCACACUGUUUGUCUGGAUCUACUGAACUCCCCAGAGAUUUGGGACAUCAAGGACAUGAGGAUGCCAGUGUCCAGCCCACAUUUGUUACAAAGCAUGGCUGUAGAGACACCAAUUAAUGAAGAGCACAAAGAAAUUUCAUCAAGAGGUCACACAGUAGUGAAUCAUGUUUCUGUGGAGCACCCUUCAAGCCAUGGUAACCAUGUUGUGGAUGAUGGACCAGAGGCGACUUUAAGUGGACAUCCUCAAUAUCAUGCUCCUGGGUCUAUGUUUGAGAACAAUGAUCAACUUUGUAUUCAUAAUGCAAGUGCAUGCAAUUAUGAUGUUGUUAGUGAAGUGUCAGCACAGUUGCAAUCAAACACAACUGAGAGCAGGGUGCAAACAAAUUUAGACUUCAAGUCCCAAGACAAUGACCUGUUCAACCAGCAUUUCAGUACUUUAUCGACUGUACCAAAGACAGAGGGAAGGAAAUCUUCAGGUAGGAGAAGAUUCUCUGCGCGUUUUGUUGUGCGGCGAGACUGUAUUGGAGACUGCAGUAGACUUUUUGAGACUUACAUUAAAGAUUUAGGUAGUGAAACCUUGAAUUGUGGGGAAGAAUCGUCCCAGCACUCUAUAUUUAAGAAUCCAUCAAUUCCAGGGCUGGAAGAACCACAGUUAAUAGAUGCUUUUGAACAGGACACCAAUAACCCACCUCAAGGCUUGCUGAGCUCAAGUCACACAGAGUCUCAAAGUGAAUGCUUUGUCCAAAAAAAUUCGUUGUGUAUGGAAGUAAGAGAAGUCAGAGACCAGAAGGAAUGUAUUAUUAAGGGAACUGAAAUGGAGGAACCUAUAAUUGCAUGCAAGAAGGCAUUGGUCUGUUUGGAUGCUGCAGCUGGGAGUGCACUCCGGUUAUUUUCUAAUUUGGAAAAUUUGGCUUCUAGAGAAGAGAUUUCGAGUGGACCUGAAGCUGAUUUAUACCAUCAUGCAGCAGAGCUGCUACCAUCAAUAGCAGAGAAGGUUAAUGCCAUUGCCAAAUUGGUGCAAGCCAGCAAGAAUAAUUUGUGUGGAAAAACUAAAAAGGAAGUUUCAACCCUUGAACCUCUGUUAGGAACAUUUGCGGAGAAUCUCUCAUGAAGGGUGGUUGGGAUGCUGAAGAUCAAGCUCGAUACUCUGGGGCAUGUUCCUUGACCCAACGAGGUAUGUUGUACAUUGUGCCAUAAAAUAAUGUUGCUGUAAAUAAGCGUAGUACCUUGCUUUCUCAUUUUUUCAAUGAGAUACAAGGAGAUUUUGUAAUGAAGAAUGAGAUGGGAGAUAUGGGGAAUAUCUACUUAUAAUAAUGUUUGAAAUGCAUUAAGCAUUUGGGAGA